AUGGAAUUCUACCCUCAAGAUGCGGCGAAUGCCGCUGAUGCCGCUGCGCUGUUCGCAGACCACACGGUGCUGCUGCCGGCGGUCUCAAACGCGAAUCUGGGCCAACUAACGCUGGACCUGCUGGUCAACACGCUGCUGCAGAAUGGGGAAGUUUUUGGCGUUGAGCUCACGCGGGUCGGCCACCUGCUCAGCGAAGCAGCUCCUCCCGUCACCGGUGGCGCUGCCUUUGCCACGCAACAGCUAGAUACUCUGUGUCUCAAUCUAGAGGUGUAUCAGAGCACGGAGAGGAAGCUCACGGUCAUCCAGCAACGAGCUCCGGUGCUGCCGGGACGAGCUCACGCGUUUGCUCAAGAGUUGGUGGAGUGGGCGGUCAAGAGCAAAGUGGCGACGCUUGGUGUGGUGGCUGGAUACGAUGACAUGCUGCGUCACGACCCCAAUAUGAUGAGUCGCCCUAUUCGCAUUAUUUACUCUGCUGAUGCUACUCAAGUGGACGAAGCAUUUCUGACUCGUUUCGAGGGCCUGACAACGAGUUAUAACGCAGAUCAAAAGGCGACGGAGACUUCUCCCUCGUCUGCUGAUCAGUGGGAGCCGAUUCGCGGUGCUGGUCUUGCUCCACUUUUACACGCGGAGUGCGAUGAGCAGAAGUUGCCGUUCAUCGCUUGGGUGAUGCCGUGUGCUGAGGGCAACAACGUGCCGGAUGCUGCAGCCUUGUCGACGCAGCUUUUCCGCUCUCUGCGAAUCACACCCAAGCUAGCUAUUGCCCCCGUUGCGAUGCCUAGCUCACUGCCGCAGGUGCUUCCGUUUGCGUUCCCACCUUCGUGGAAUCAGCUCUUUGGACGAGGCCCAGAUGCGUCAUUGUACCUCUAAUAGAGACUUAAGCCAUGAUACUAUCAACGUUGGAUUUUUAGCACCUACCAGAUAGUCGCUAGAAAAAAUAGCUCGACGGUUCUCUCUUUUCAUCGUGAAUAAAUGGUCAGAGAAUUGAGUGUGA